CAAUUCGCCAUUAAAAGAAGAAGGAAGUUCAGGUGCGCCACCUGCUGGUUGAUCUUGGAGUUGCAGCUGUGGCUGUCUUGGUGCUGCUGUGAGCUCACAGUUGUCGCUGUGCAGUGGAGGUGCUUUUUUUUCUGUGCGAGAUCAACCGCAAGAAAUGGACGUGUUUCUAAUGAUCCGACGUCACAAGACGACCAUCUUCACAGAUGCCAAAGAGUCUACCACAGUCUAUGAACUGAAGCGCAUUGUGGAAGGUAUUUUAAAGAGGCCACCUGAAGAUCAGAGGCUUUUUAAGGAUGACGUAAUGCUUAACGAUGGUCAAACUCUUGGAAAUUGUGGUUUCACAAAUCAAACAGCCCGACCUCAGGCCCCAGCCACGGUGGGAUUAGCUUUCCGUCUGAGUGAUGAUUCAUUUGAGCAGCUGAGGAUCGAGUCUUUCUCCACUCCCCCAGAGCUCCCUGACGUCAUGAAGCCCCAGGACUCGGGCAGCACAGCCAACGAGCAGGCUGUACAGUGAGGGAGUGGGCGGGUAAACAAGAGGGACGCACAGGGGGUCGGAGGGAGGGGUUGAAUUUUGGGAAGUAAUGUCUCAGCGGGUGAGUUUUACUUGCCGACAACAGAUCUUCAGCUGGGCAUAAACAAUUACAAACAUGGAUUCCCCUUGUUGUAAAUUUGAAGGGAGGUGCUUCAAAGUGGUUCAUUUGUCCUGAAAUCGGUGAACGCAUGCUAGAUAAAUUGAUAAUUUCACACAAGACCCUUCAGAGAUACCUGACGGACUUGUCACGACACUGUCAGUCAUCCAUGGGAUUGGUAAAGGCUGAACAUAAAGAAUUGUACCUCGUAUUUAAUUCAUUCUAGUCUUUAUUUGGGGUAAAGUUAUUGCUGCCUAUUUUGAUGGCUUAAAGGUGGGAGUUGAUAAGGUGUGACAUUUUUAGGCUUUUAUGUUUGUGUGUUUCUUUAUUAAACUAUAUUACUAGGAUUUAACAUUGUUUUGGUCUUUGGCCUGGAUAUGUGUUACGACAAUAGCUAGGAGUUUGUGAAUUUCUAAGUUACUAUCUGUAUUUCAAAGACUUUUGAACAAUAUGAACCAGAAAUAAAAUAGAUUGACAUGUUGGCAGAAGAUCUGGCAUUAAGGUGAACAUUUCUUGGUACUUAUCAGUAGUACUUUUCAUACUGUAGCUGCUCAAAGAAGUUGUGGGUAUCUACAACACAAGUAACGCUGGCGUGGACCUGGUGUUGAAAAUGAAAUGACUGACAACCAUAGCAGCAACUGAUAAUUAAUAGUGAUUAUUGACUUUUAAUUGUUUUUUUUGUUUUUUUACUUUACUUACAAAGGUGAGGACUAACCAACUUUCCUCUCCAAUGUUUGUUUGUAGCUCAUGACAUCUUGGAGAUACUGAUGAGUUGUAAACAUAAACUGUUUCAAGUUAAACAGGUAGUUUGUCAUGUAAUGAGUUAUAACUCUCCAUUAUCCCAGUACCACUACCCAAUUGGGUUUAGUUCAUGCUGCAACUUGUGUUGUAUUAUACACCAUUAAUACCUUAAUACACGUUUUCCUAAAAUUAAAGGUGAAUUAGAAAUGAACUCCUCUGCACAUCAAAACGUCAAAUUAAAGUAUAACACUGGGUCUCAUGACCUGGAAAACUACAAUUUAAAAACAAAAAUCCUCCAUUAGUUACAACAGGAAAGUAUAUUCCGACCUGGGGGUGUUGAAUGAAAUUGAUGACAUUACUGCAUUUGCAAUUUGAGGCUGUUAAAUAGUGGGACGUGAUCAAAGUUGCACUUGUAACUGAUUUAACAUUAAAACAACUGUUUUUCA